GGCUCGAGAUUCGGAGCUGCGCCCGCCAGCCUGCCUCAUGAUGUGUCAUGAGGCAGUACUGGGGCCCCCAGUACGUGCAGGCGGCCCAGCGGAGAUCUAGAGAAAUUAUUACUGCCCUGCCGGUUGUCCGCGAUGGGUCUGCCAAGCCACAGAUCAUCAGAGAGACAUGCACCAAAGUUUGGCCGGAGAAAUGGGGCAUGACAGUGACACAGUUCGCGAGCCUGCUGGAGAAGUGUCAGCAAGACUCGGACUGGGAUGAUGACUACACCAUCUCGGAUUUGGUGAGAAGGUAUGUCAUCCCCAUGACUCGCGGCACUGGCAUGGGCUACGCCUUGCUGGUGAACGUGGACAGGCCGAAGGACAUCACCGUGAUGAUCUCUCACGCCUGGGCCGAGAAUGCCUUGGAGUUCUGCCGCUCUCUGGAGCGCUCCGUGGAACCAGAAGAGUCACUGUUCAUUUGCGCCUUCUCGCUGUACCAGUGCGAAGACCACUACGGUCCGACCAUUGCUGAGCAGCUGGGGUCGCUGCCGCAGGAGAGCCCCUUCUUCCACGUGCUGCAGACAAUCCACGACCGAGGUCUUGCCGUGGAGCGUCGUGGAGGCUUGUGGCGGAAUCGGGUCUUCCUUGUACGGCUGCCCUGGGCGCUGAUGCUGCUAGCGCUGUCUUGCAUUUUCACUCCCGUGGUGGUGCGCGGCUGCAUUCCAAUGCACAGCGUCUGCGCCUUUGGGACCUGCACUCCGAUCCUGGAGUACCUGCCGAUCUACACCUGGUCCUGGGAGUUUAAGCCUUUGGAGGGCCAAAUGCUCCUGCUGGUGCGCGUGGGCCACGUGCUCGCUAUACUGACCAUCUUCUCUUGGAUGGCGAAGUUGGUGCUGCUUCAAAGCGGGCACCUCUUCAAAGGCCGUAUGGUGGCAGUGCCCAACCACAAUUGCGAGAUGUACACUCGACUGUGGUGCGUCUUUGAGAUGUUUGUGGCGCAGACAUUACAAGUCCCAGUGAAGCUGGCGAACACUUUGGCCUCAGCCGGCGUCGCUGAUUCCGCUCACGCGCAGUGCAGCAAUGCAGCAGAUGCCGCAAAGAUCAAUGCUGAGAUCCAAGCCUUCACCGGAUUCGAGGAGGAGGAGGGCCUGGAGGUCCUCGGCAAGCGCGUGGCGCAGUUCCGAGACCAGCUGAACAUGGGGCUGGAGGCUCAUGAAGAGGUCAAGGACGCCGGCUAUGCAAUGCUAGAUGCGGCGAUUCGCCAUGUCAGCAACAAGGCCUGGUCCCGAGCACUGCUCAUCGAGAUUCUGCAGGCAUUCCCCCUGGCCCUGUGCCUGAUGUGCACCGUCAGGUUGAUCAAGAAGGGCUCCAAGCACUGGUGGGAGGAGCAAGCUAGCCACAAAGGGGACGAGCACUGGUAUCACCAUGUGAUGUACUUAGCCUCCCACGGGCGCUUGGGCUACGACCUCUUUUGCGGCCAGGUUUUUGAGGCGUCUCCCCAGGCAUGGUGGACUUGGUUCCUCAUCUUCGGAGUGCUCUUGGGGUACGCCGUGGUGAUUGGCAGCGCCGUCUACUAUGCCAAGAAGGCACAAGGGCGAAUCACGUAUCUUGGUCUCGGCAUGCUCGCCGGUGGCUUUCUCUUUGGUGAGGCAAUCCUUUUCAUCGCGAUCACGUGCAGCAAGGAGUUCUUUCACCUGUGUGAGGUGGAACCGUACCGCCUAAACUGGUUCUUGAUCGGCUUCUCAGCUGCCAUCGCACAAGGAUCUUUGAUCAUAGUCUUGCUUCUGAUUGUUGCGGGGCUCAGAGGUUGCUUGGUCGGCAGGCCAAAAGCCUUCGGCAGGUACGCAGAACGGUAUGUGAAGGCUGGGCUCCUCUUUGUGGGUCUGUCCGUCUUCUUGGUCCUCAUGGUGGCUACCAGCCGGGUGCACCGACCGGAGCACUACUUCCCGAGCUUCGUCAUCAACUUCGCCUUGAUCUUCGGGUGGCUCAUUGGGCCUUUGGCCAUCGCAUGGACCAACGCUGUGCGCUUCGGGGUGAUGCUCUCGCAGCCGCCAAACAGCAUCCCGGGCUGCCCUUACAACUACGUCUCGGAUAGCUCGCAUUCUUCAGGCUCUGACCCGGAGUCCUGAACCCGACUUUUGGAAUGCAUCUGCAAGUUUUAUAUCCUGUCAGGGGCCCCCACAAAGAUGGGA